AUGUCUUCCCCCGUCGACAACUCCGUCUUCCUCUCUCUGGCUCCCACCACCUCUUCUUCCUACCCUUUCAGAGUCCAGCAGCAGACCGCAGCCGUCGCUGAGCCUGCUCCUCUGAAGCGCCGCACUUCCAGCGUCAGCAGCGCUGGCAACGGCGCUCCGGGACUUCGCUUCCUCAAGCUCGGCCCAGUCCACUACGGCGAACACCCUGAUGAGCACAAGGAGGACUGGCACCCCGCUCUGCUGUCUUAG